AUGGAGAGUCCAAGGGUAUUGGAGCCCUUCCAGCCAUCAGAGCCCGACACGUGGGAAGACUACGUCGAACGCUUCGAGUUCUUCGCAGAGGCUCAAGGGAUCACCGAUGCCAGCAAAAGAAGGGCCACAUUCCUGAGCUACUGUGGGCCUGAGACCUUCAAGCUGGCCAAGGCAUUGCUUGCUCCAGCGAAGCUAAGUGAGACAUCUCUCAAAGAUAUUCUUGCCUGCCUAACAAGCCACUUGGCGCCUACUGAGACCAAGAUGGCUCGGCGGAUGGAGUUUCAUAAGAGGCAGCAGCAUGCUGGGGAGUCUGUAUCUGCAUUUCUGGCUGAACUGCGGAAGCUCGCUCAGCACUGCGACUUCCAAAAUCUGGAAGAGACUCUCCUGGAUCGGUUUAUCGGUGGUCUGAGCAGCAAGAAGGCCAGAAGACGCAUCGUGGCUAAAGAAGAGGUUACCCUUGCUUCAGCCUUGAAGGAGGCCACCGCCACGGAGAAUUAUGAAAGAGAGGAGCUUGAUGCCAGUCGCAAGGCCCCUAAGCCACAGAUAGAAGUUGCGCAUGCCAUGGACGAGCUAGAGGCUACUCCGAGCCAGAGCCCAGUCCGUGGGGUCGAGUCAGUGAGUCAGGCCUGCACAGUGCACAAAGAUCACCGAGGCAGGUGCCCAGGUUGUGGCGGAAACCAUGAGCGGAAGAGUUGUCGUUUCCGGGAUGCUAUGUGCCGGACGUGCGGGAAGACAGGUCACAUCGCCAGGGUCUGUAGAUCGGCGGCGUUGGGAGCGACAGGAGCACCUAGACCGGAGCAUCGCAGACCGCCCGCAGCAACCCAUUUUCUAAAGGACUGCCACUACGUUACGGAGAUCAACGGGAGGGUCGUGCAGUUCCCAGCACAAGGCAAGGCACACGUCAAGGUGAAGAUUGAGGGUCAGCAGUGCGACAUGGAGGUGGACUCCGGAUCUGGAUUCACUAUCGUGUCGGACCAGACCGCGAGGACAUUCUUCCCCAGGGGUAAGUUGCCCCCUCUGGAACCCUUCCCGGCAACCUUGCAGUCAUACUCAGCGGGCCGCAUCCAUGUUAUGGGAAUGUGUGCCGUGAGAGUACAGUUCCGGGACAAACAGGCUGUACUCAAACUGGUGAUUGCGAAGGGCAGUCGCCCCAGUCUCCUGGGCACUGACUGGUUCCCCGCCCUGGGACUGAGUAUAUCAGGGCUUAAUUCAAUCCAAACCUGCCCUGAGAUGAGCGAGGCAUUAUGCAAAGAAUUUGCUGGUCUCUUUAAUGGAAAACUGGGUUGUUAUAAAGGGCCCCCAGUUGACUUCGAGUUGGACCCUGGGGUGGCCCCAAUCCGACUCAAACCAAGGCGAGUGCCAUUUGCACUGCAACCCAAGAUCGAAGCAGAGCUGGAUAAAUUGGUCAAGCAGGGAGUUCUCUCACCCGUGGACUCUGCUAAGUGGGAGACUCCAAUCGUCACGCCCCUUAAAGCAAAUGGGGAAGUCAGGAUCUGUGCAGAUUACAAAUGUACUAUCAAUAAGGCACUCAGGGAAACUCAUACCCCAUUCCAGUCGUAUCACAUCUGUUGGCUAAACUGGCUGGGGGCAAGGUGUUCGCCAAAAUUGACCUGGCACAAGCUUACCAACAGCUGCCAGUAACCCCACAAUCAGCGGAAGCACAGACUAUUGUCACACAUAAAGGGGCGUUCAGAGUUAACAGAUUACAAUUUGGAGUUUGUGUGGCCCCAGGGAUUUUUCAAGGGCUCAUGGAACACCUGUUAAGAGGUCUGCUGGGGGUCUUGCCAUUUUUUGAUGACGUUUUGAUUGCUGGAAAAGACCCACAGGAACUGGUUGCGCGUGUUCGUGCAGUGUUGCUCAAGUUCAAGGAGGUGGGGUUGCAACUGAAAAAGGAAAAAUGCAGUUUUGGGGUGCCAACUGUGGAUUUCUUGGGGUUUAAAAUUGAUGCAUCAGGCAUCCACCCCACAGAUGCUAAGAUUAAGGCCAUCAUCGAGGCGCCACGACCACAGAACAAGACGGAGUUGCAGUCAUUCCUGGGACUUAUUAACUUUUAUCAUUCGUUCUUACCCCAGAAAGCUUCGGUAGCUGAACCAUUACAUAGACUGUUGCAGAAAAAGACUGUGUGGCGAUGGGGGCAGGGGCAGCAGAAGGCUUUUGACUCCUUGCGAGGAAUGCUGAGUAGCAGGAGUGUCCUUGCUCAUUAUGACGAGUCAAAGCCUCUGGUCCUGGCAUGUGAUGCCUCUCAAUACGGCCUGGGGCGGUGCUAAGUCAUAGGGAACCGGAUGGGUCGGAAAAGCCCAUCUCUUUCUAUUCCCGUACGUUGUCGCCCACGGAGCGCAACUAUGCUCAAAUUGACAAAGAGGCGCUUGCAAUUGUGGCAGGAAUCAAAAAGUUCCAUGAUUAUGUGUACGGUCGCCAUUUCUACAUUGAAACGGACCACAAGCCACUGUUAGGGUUGUUCAACCCGAACAAACAAACGCCACAAAUUCUCUCCCCCAGAAUGUUACGUUGGUCUAUAUUCCUGAAUGGGUUCCAGUACACCUUGACCCAUGUGCCGGGAAACGGUUGUGCCACGCGGAUGCGCUGAGUCGAUUGCCCCUUCCUGGCGGGAGCACUGAGGAUCCUGCUCCAGCGGAGCACAUAAUGAUGCUGGAAACACUUCCGGGGGCUCCUGUAACGGCUACUGAUAUAGCUGAGAAAACGAGGAAAGAUGCUGUUCUCUCCCGUGUGCUCACUUGGGUGGGGAGGGGGUGGCCAGGUGGUCCGCAUGAAGACAAAUUCAGGCCUUAUGCGACUAGGCAGCACGAGUUGUCCAUGCAUAAGGGUUGUCUCCUGUGGGGAGAUAGGGUGAUCAUCCCAGCACCACUGAGAAACAGGGUUCUUGAGACGCUUCACAUGGGACACCCGGGAAUGGUCAGGAUGAAGUCGCUAGCCCGAUGUUAUGUGUGGUGGCCUGGAAUGGACCAGAACAUAGAACAAUGGGUACGAACAUGCAAGGCAUGCCAAGAGGUGCGGCCAGAAGUGGCCAGAGCACCAGUCCACUGGUGGGAGCAGUCCAGAUCUCCCUGGAGCCGGCUGCACUUAGAUUUUGCUGGGCCAUUCCAAGGAAAGGUCUUUUUGGUUAUCGUUGAUGCAUAUUCCAAAUGGUUAGAAGUGGCGAUGGUCCCUAGCAUGGCAUCAGCUGCCGUCAUCAAGGUGUUGAGGCAGCUGUUUGCAACCCACGGGUUACCUGAGACCAUUGUAUCAGAUAAUGGGGCAGCUUUUGUAUCCCAAGAAUUCAGGGCAUUCUUGGCUGAUAACUUCAUAAGAGGGGUCACAUCCGCGCCCUUUCACCCAUCCUCCAAUGGGCAGGCUGAGCGCAUGGUAAGAACAGCCAAAGAAUCCAUUGCGCGCUUAAUGGAGGGUAACUGGUCAGCUCGCAUCGCGCGAAUGUUAUUUUUGCAGCAUGCGACGCCGUGUACCGCAACGGGCAAGUCGCCAGCUGAGCUGCUCUUGGGUAGGAGACUAGUAACGGUGCUGGAUUAUGUCCACCCGGAUAAAAUGCCAAACCAUAAUUCAAGAGCAACCCCCCAGGCUGAGACUGACACAACAAGGUAUCUCGCCCCUGAAGAUCUGGUCUGGGUGAGGAACUAUUCACGAGGUUCGCGGUGGGUGGCUGGUGUGGUCACCCGGGCUAGUGGACCUGUGUCCUAUUAUGUGACCUUGGAAAAUGGGCAAGUGUGGAAGAGACAUAUAGAUCAGCUGAGGCGCCGGGCGCUCAGCAGGGAGGAGCCAGAUAAUUCAUCCCUGGCUAACGACGCAGAGCUGCAAGACCAGAGUGAAAAUGGCCCAGAGGUGCAAUCACCAGGGGCUUUAACAAAUGAACCAGGGUCUGCUAGUCCUCACGAUGACGAGGUACAGAUAGGGGACCCUGAGAUGUCGGGGACUCCAUCUGUUCCUGACGAAACCCCUAGAGCAGCCCCUCUACCACAGGUAACACCCAAUCCAGAACCUGCAACACCUGUUGUCAGGAGAUCAAGUAGAAGUUGUAGGCCCCCACAGUACCUGAGAGAUUACGUCUGCUGUGCUCACUAGGGGGGAAGGGGUGUUGUGUAUUGAGUCAAAGGAUUUUAUAUCUGUAUUAUUAUUGUCUGUAUUUGCAUUAGGGUAAAGUAACUGCCUUUUGGUUCCAGAGGGUACAGCUACUAUUGGUUCAUUUAAGCUGCUGUAUUUGGAUCCUCUGUCUUAUUGGUUCCCUCCAAAAGGCAGGACUGUGAUUGCCUGAUAUUGUUCCCUCCAAAAUGUAUCCUUUCUUGCUAGUUCCCUGUCCCUAUAAAUGUAGCUUUCCUCUCCCCAGUCUUCAGUCUUGUUGCUUUAAUAAAGAAGUGUUACUAGAGAACUGUCUCCAGCAUGUUAUAUCAGGAGAGCUGAAAUCACAAACCCCACGUCACAACAGUAGGUAUGCUUUCUGAGAUCAUCAGUCACUGCUCUUAAGAGAAUCGUCUUUGGUCCAACGAGAAUUUUAUCCAUACACAACGCUUUUAAAACAAAAUUGAUGCUCAAUGACUCCUGUUAACAAUGAAGGUCAACAACAGGAGUGUCACAUAUCAUCAUUCAAUAAAGGAAAGCAGGACUUGGCAAGUUUAUACUAACUUUUACACCUAUAUUGCUACUGCUUCCUAUUAGCCAGCUCACAAAAAUUACUAAUCACGCAAUUCAGCCAGCUUGCCAAAAAGGGAAAAAGCUAAAUCAGCUAAAAUUGUGAGAGCUCGGCUUCUAUCUGUUGAAGCUCAUUUUUUGAGAUGUCAAUCUUUUUCUGCAAGACCAACUGUGAUAAACCUGAUCUUUGAUCAACAGUUCUUAAAACAUUGGAUCUUGGCCAGAAUCCAUCUGUUGCUCAGCCCAGGCUCCGAUUCGUACUGCCAUGAAACUUCUGAAGAACUGUAAAUGUCAAUGGAAAGGUGUUAAGCUCAUAAGCAUUACCAUCUAAAUCUUCCUAUCUUUCCAGCUGAGCUAAGCAAAAGGUUAAAUGCUCCCCGUGGAGCUUACCCUUCCAAAAAAACGACACCAUUCAGGAAUCUCUGUUUCCGUGUAUUAGGACAAUCCAAUCCGUUUCAGAGGGAGAGGGUGAAAUUCCGAACCGGAACAAAGGGAAUGCGCCAAAUCCUUUAGAUCUGGAUCAGGAAAAUGUUGCGGCCCAUAUUCAAAUGUCCAUAGGUUACAAUAAUCUUUGGAGGCUCUGCUUUUGGUCCCAUGUACGAAAAAGGUAUGGUUGGGAGUGGGGACGGACUCAAAAAGGGCCUUCUCUGCAGCUAUAGAAUUCUCCUGGCUAUAGAAUUUGAUAGUAGUAGUAAAUUUCAUAGUUUAACUCCAUACGUUAACUACCUUUUAUUUGUCUUGAACCUCCAGCUCAUGUAGCCCUCUCCUUUUCUCACAAGGGGAACAAUACAAAUGUAUUAUUAGGAGUGUUCUGGUGAAUAUCUGCAUAUGAGCACUGAUUGCACAGCAUGACUUGAACCCUUCUCUCCUGGGGCGCUCAUGCCACCUUUCUUGCCUUCUACUGCUAGAUUAUGGUGAUACCUGGGCAUUAUAAUAGUUGUAUGGUCCCAGUUGUUUGCCUUGGCUUUUUAGAGCUACCUGCACACACUGGAGCCCAGGAGUUUGUGUCUUUAUUGUUCUCUUUCCGAUUGCCCUAGUAGUGCAUUGUAUGUAGAGGGUACAUGAGGGUGGAUGGUAUCAGGUGUUGAUUGGCCAUUGGUGUACAUUGAUUGAUGCCUCAUUUUCAUGGCUUAUCUGAAGGUAGUGUGCAAAACGGUGAUCAGGGAUUAGCACUAGAUGGGCUUAAAUCUGACAGUGUUGCUACACGGAUGCUUGUUUAUGCUGUCGUCUGUUCGGCUUAGCAGUUAGCUCAGUAUAAGAUUGCACCAUAGCUAGUGUCAGUGUAGCAUCGCUGCAGUGACCAUCAGCUUGGGGAACAAUAACAUUGCCCUGCCAUCUAAUAAUUCGGUCAGAUUCUUAAUCAGCAGGGAAGGGUUGUUGCCUUUUUAUUAUUGUACAAUACCUAGUGUUAUAUUUAACUGCUUGAGAGUAUCAUAACCAAGCAUUGUUUUCAGUGUAGUAGAAUCUGUAAGUAGUGAUGGGGAAGAAAUUUGAUUCAGGUCUUAUUUGAAACUGAAUCCAUCAAAUUUAUCCUUUCCAAAACAAUAUACAAACCAAAACACAGCUAACAUUUAAAAUUUGCACUUAACCUGAAUUUUGUUAUGCACUUCGCCAACCAAUGUUUGCAAACAUGCAUAUAUUUGGGGGAAGCGUGCAUAAAAAUGAAUAUACUUGUGAAAAUAACACACUAACAUGCAUUAUAUUAAAGAAAAUUGCUUGCAGAACUGUGUACAUUGGUCAAAACUGCAUAUUAGGAGAAAUUUGCAAAAAGGUACUGAUGAAUUUUUGUGAUUUUUUUUUAAACCCGCAAAUUGUAAAAUGUGGGGAACUGAAAAUGAAUGGAAAAAAUGAGAAACUGAGAGAACUGAAAUCAACAGAUCCUUCCUAAUCCUAACCCCUGCUUUUUCUAGUUAUUUUUGAACAACUCGCUUGCCCAUAAGAUCUGAGGAUCAUCCAAAACUUUUAGAUAACUGGAAGCUCAUUUUAAAAAGGAGUGUUGUUUACAUAUGAUUACAGACUGACAAGGAAAUACCUUUGAGACUCAUACCAAAUUCAAGACGAUCAGGACACCAAGACAGCUAAAGAUCAGGUAAGUGGAAACAUACUAAACACAAUUUGUUUUGCACAUUGGUGUUCAUAUAAAGCUAAUAGAAUUAAACAAUCAUUUCCUUGUCAGGUGCUUCCUUCAGCUGAAAUUUUGAAUUUUGACCUGAGGAAUAGUUGCAGGCGCAGACCUUCAGUGCAAUGUUUGUCAUUAAUACACACCUUUUCUUCGGAUGGGGUUUAUGGGCCUGUCAACAUCAGCAACCUAGUGUGUGUGUGCAUCACAUGUGCUCACCUCUGAGAUCUGCAAGUUUCAUUCUUAACUCACCGAGAAAAUGGGACAUGACACUCAGCACUAUGGGACAUUCAAUCAUUUCUGACCCACUUGCACACUUGGCUUGUCAAGGCCAGGCGGAUGAGGGAUCAGCCAGUUUUUAACAUUAUUGCACACUGUGCUGGGAGUAAGAGAGGGUUUAUUAUGUCUUUACUUUAAGGAGAGGGGAAUGUGGCUGUACAACAGGAAAGAGUGGGGGAAAGCUCAAGCAGAUUAAAUGGUUAUUAAUGAAUAUAUGAGGAGGUGAGGAAAGCCUUGUAGACUAAUUGCCCGUCUCGUCAAGCACCCUGUUUUCAUCAGCGACUAGCCCAGGGCUUCAGGGAGGCCCACAAGCAGGGCACAAAGACAAGAGGCUUCCCCCAUCAUUUGCCCCCCAGCAAAAUGGCAUUCAGAGUCACAAAAUUCAAGCUUUAAAAAUGUUAGACAAAUUCAUGGAGGCUAAGGCUACCAAUGGCUACUAGACAUAAUGGCUAUGUUCUGCUUCCACUGUUGGAGGCAAUAGGCUUCUGAAUACCCAUUGUUGGGCAUUCUCAGGUGGGAUUGCUUUCAUGUUCUGCUUGUAGGCUUUGCAUAAGCAUCUGGUUGGCCACUUUGAGAACAGGAUACUGGGCGAGGUGUGCCUUUGGCCAGCCUUGUUCUUCUUUUAUUCCUAUAAUGGCCUCUGAACUUGGAGGUUGCAUUUCGCUAUCAUGGCUAAUCGCCAUUUAUCGACCUCUGCUCCAUGAAUAAGGCCAUCUAAGCCAGUGGACAUGACCAUAUAUAUUAUGAGUUAGUUAACUGCUGGCUUGAUUAAGUACUGCCUUUUCCCUUGCCAGAAUCUAUUAGCCCUCAUCUUUGUGGGAUGACCUUGAGAAGAAGUCAAAGUCUGGCUUUACCACUUAUUCCAUCUUAUUCAUAAAUACAGAAUCAGGUCCCUUCCCCCUUAGGAGCCUCAGAUGCUUCACCUUUUCUUUGUACAGAUAGUGUCUAAGCCACUGGAUUAUUUGGGCUCCCCUUUUCUGUACCCUUCCAUAAAUAAAGCACCUUGUUUAAGAUGCCGCAAACUGGAUUAUACACAGUAUUCCAAAUAUAGCUACCCCAUAGAUUUAUAUAAAGACAUUUUCAUACUAGACAUUUUAGUUACAGUCCCUUUACCAGUAAUGGUAAAUAGAAGAAUGUGACCUUUUCAGUAUCGCCAUAUCCUGAUUUAAUGUUUCCACUGAUUUCCCCUGUGCAAUUAUUUACACAGAAUCUCAUUUGCCAUAUUGCCAAUCUCCCUGCCAGACAUUCAAACAGCAGCCACUGUUUAGCAUGCCUAAGGGGAGGAGCUAUAGUUUAGUUGUAGGGAGAUGUAGAAGGGACUGUAGCACUUAAAUAAUUGUCUUCAGUGGCCUGCUUUACAUGUAAUGCUAAACUGUGGUUUAUUAAACCAUGGCUUAGCAGCAUAUGCAAACCCACCCAGCAGCUUAACUAAGCUUUCUUAAUUAUGGUUUAUGAUUGCUAGUUAACCAAAGUCUGAAGCUGGUCCAUAAACCUUAGUUCAUGUUAACCACAACUUAGUGUUACACGUGUACCUGGACCUCCUCCUUAACUUUGUUUACGGAUCCAGCAUUGACCCCAAGGUUAUAGAGCGAAGGGUGGCAAAAAGUUCAAACUGCUUUCAUGGCUCGGCUGCUCUCACUGGUGCCUUUUAACUAUUCUGUGAUGUAAUAAACCAAGGUUUCAGUGAGUAGCCAUGGUUUAUAUGCAAAUCCAGCCAGUGUUGUCUAUUCAGAACCAUACCAUCACAGGCACCUACAAUUUAUAGUAUUUUUCAUGAGCUUCCCUGAUAUGCAUCAUAAUCUUCAACUCUUCCCUGAUUCAGAGUAAACUAGUUAAGUGUAGAUGAUGGUGAUGAUUUAUUAAAGCUUUUGGAUGUGUAGUUAACCAAUUUUUCAAUAAAAAAUCAGAUAAAAAAACCCCAGAAACCCAAUGACACGCAAGUGUGCUUAUAUCCAGAAGUUUUUCUUCCUGCAUUUCUACUUGUGUGCUACAACACAAAUGAAACUCAGGAGGCUCACGUGUAGAUGUGCUCUUGGCAAAUCCUUAGCAUAAAAUAAAGACAUAGCAACCUCAGGUCUUGAGAUGUUUCAAAGUUAAAAGAGGUCCUGGUGUUAUGCUCCAGUUCUUGCAUCGUUUCACCUGCCCAUUCUGCUCUGUAUUCUAUGAUAAGGGGAGACCAGAGUGGAUGGCAUUUUUAAGGCAAUAGCACCUCUCAGCUGAUUCAAUGCUUUCAACUGGACUUUGAGUGAACCAAGUCCAUGCUUUCCUGGGGAAGUCAAAGUCCUCUCUCUGUGUGUGGUGCGUAUUUCACAGAAAUGUAAACCUAAGACCUCUUUUAAACUUUGUCUUAGCUUUCCAGAUUGUCAAGAUUUAAGGUGCACAGUGCUGCAAGAUAUAAGGCACUGUAAAACCUUGCAAGUAAAUUUUCAACACCUGGCUGCUGGUCCCUAUUAUGUUACCUUUACAAGCUAUUUCCUCCCUGUAGACAAAUGCCUCUUUUUUCCAGCAUGAAGGACUGA